AUGAUCCUGCUGAUUAUCGCAACUGCAAUGAAGCUGAUUCAAUAUAUGAUUGGGACAGAAAGUCCUGUGCUGGUUUUCCCACCCAGAUACUUCAAGGAACUUCGGGCUUUGCCAGAUGACGUCCUUAGCUUCGUUGAAGCUGCUGACGAGGCAGCGCAAGCCAAAUAUACACAAAUCCACGACCAUGAUGGCAUGAUAGCCCAUAUAUUGAAGAGCAAACUGACGCCCUCACUUGCACGAAUUAGCCCCAUGAUCUCAAACGAGGUCCAGAAUGCUCUCCAGAUUGAGCUGCCGCCAUGCGACGAUUGGACCUCUGUCAAAGUCUACCCCAAAAUGCUUCGUAUCAUCACUAUAGUCUCCGGACGUAUACUCGUCGGACCCGAGCUCGGCCAGUCCGAGGAAUGGAUUGACGCAGCUACCGGAUUUGCAUCCGAGGUCCUAGCAGCCAUACAGGCUAUAUGGACAGUGUCGCCGUGGAAGCGGUGGUUCGUAUGCCCAUUUCUAAGCGAAGUGCGAACGCUAGAAGCACGAGUGAAGAAGUUUGUGCGCUUCCUGACGCCCGUGGUGGAGCAGCGGCUGCAUUUACUCGAUGAUGACGUGGAACGGCCGGACGAUAUGCUGCAAUGGUUCGUUGAUUUGGCAAAAAGCAAGGGUGCGGAGGUAGAUGUUGACAAAAUAGCAAGAAGACAGCUGGCUACUAGCUUUGCUGCUAUUCAACCUACGACGAGCGCUAGCACUAAUGCUCUAUAUACGCUUGCUACAAUGCCGGAAUUUGUGGCCGAACUCCGCGAUGAGAUUCGGGAUGUGUUGGCUACACAUGGUAGGCAUUAUUCUAGCAAGGCGUUGUAUAGCAUGAAGAAGUUGGAUAGUUUUCUGAAGGAAUCAUUACGAUUCCAUCCCGAGAAUAUAGCUGUCUUCGGGCGGAAGGUCAUUCGCACUUUCACCUUGUCCGACGGCCUGGUAGUACCAGCAGGAGUCUUGGUUGAGAUACCAGCGCACGCAGUCUCAAUGGACCCAGUGACAUUCCCAGAGCCCCAAAAGUUUGAUCCCUUACGCUUUUACAGGCUACGAGAAGAGCAACAUCACACCGACGAGGACCAGCAAGUUGGAGAUGACCAUAACAAUGCUCAAAACCAGCUUGUCAGCGUGACGAAUACUAACCUGGUCUUUGGAUAUGGACGACACGCAUGUCCAGGCCGCUUCUUUGCUGCUAAUGAGCUUAAGAUGAUUAUCAUAAACAUUAUUAUGAAUUAUGAUAUACGGCUGGAGGAGGGUGUGACUGAGCGGUAUUCGAAUAACGUCGUUGGGCUGCGGUCUUUGCCAUCUGUAAAUGACACUUUGCAAUUCAAGAGAGUAAGGGUGUGA